AUGUGGCUUGAGAAGGGUGAGUGGGAUAGAGCUAGACAGGUGUUUGAUGAAAUGCUUGAGAGAGAGGUGGAGCCAACUGCCGUGACUUAUAAUUGUCAAAUUGGGUUUUUGUGUAAAAGAGGUAAUAUCGAGAAGGCUAAAAUCUUCUUUGAAGAUAUGGUGAAAAGGGGGAAGAAACCGAAUGCUGUGACAUAUGCUUUAUUGAUGGAAGGUUUAUGUUAUGUGGGUAAGUACAAUUCUGUGAAGAAACUGAUGUUUGAUAUGGAGUAUCGAGGAUGUAAAGCUCAACUUGUAAAUUUUGGUGUGUUAAUGAGUGAUCUUCCAAGGAGAGGACCGAUUGACGAAGCUAGAGGUUUGCUUGUUGAGAUGAAGAAAGACGGGUAA